UCCGGGAGAAGGUGUUGGGGCGAGAUGCGAUCAACAAGCGUCUGCGUAUGCAAUGCUCGGGUAACGACCAUAUCAGAAAGGUUCCUCGAGAGAUGCUUGAUCUCAUCCUGCUGCAAGACUCCUUCGGCGGCACUGGUACAGGCAUGCUCAAUGCGCCGAGCGACGUAUUCUACGAAGCGAUCACCAACCACCCCCGUGAUGUUGUCCUUCUCCUCGUCGCUUAG